AUGCCUCUGGCAAUGCUUCUUCUAAUACGGCGUCGUCGCCUGCGUUCAUUACGGCAUCUCAUUUCCGCUGGUGCGCCAAUGUCUGCGAGGGUUCAAAAUCAACUAUAUAACGUCUUGAGCCCAAAUGCUGUAAUUUCGCAAUGUUGGGGCACCACUAAAACUGGCUGGAUUACGCUCUUUUACUGGCAGGAGAAAGACGAUACUGGGAGCGUUAAGCGCUUAUUGCCGAAUGUCCAGAUAAAAGUUGAUCACUCUCCAGUGUCUUCCCUCUUCUCGACCGAAGGCGGCCCUGGAGAAGGGCUGAUCCGCAGUCCCGGCAUGUUCUCCGGCUACCUCAACAAUGUGGACGCGAGCAAAGCGGCCUUUGACUCGGAGGGCUUCUUUCGAACUGGUGACCUCGUCUAUCUUCGAGCGGGCAAGGUCUUCUACGCCGGUCGAAUGAAGGAAACCAUCAAGGUCAAAGGCUGGCAGGUGUCUCCGACCGAGAUUGAGAGUAUCCUAUCACAUCACCCCCUGAUAUCCGACGUGGCGGUGGCUGGUUUGACUUCUGAAAAUGACCAUGGUCUCAUGGAUACGUUGAUUCGCGCGUAUGUGGUUCGCCAACAAUCGAACGACUUGAAUGCGCCUGGUCGGCCAUUGCUGACUGAGGAACAAGUCGAGGAUGUCGUCAAGUCCCAGCUCAUCCCAUACAAGCAUCUGACAGGAGGUGUCGUGUUCGUUACCAAAAUCCCUCGGUCGAAUACGGGCAAGAUCAUCCGCGGAUUACUUGAACAGGCUGGAAUUGAUACAGGGGUCACCAAAGGAUAA